CGUACCCGUCCGAGAACAGCGCCAAGGACAAGCAAGAACUAUUCUUGCAAAAAAUGGAAAGGGUUAGAGUUUCCGAAAGCCAAAAGGACGUGACGAUGGCGCCCAAACUCCAUUCGCGACGCGGUCUGUUUUAGUAGUCUUGAUCAACAGCAAUAGAGAGGAGAGGAAGAGUAGACAGUAAUCAGGAUCAGCUCACUUUGAUACUGCUAUCUACCCGUCUUCUUUUUGAUAAGUUGAAGUCAUCUAUCCAUCUGAUCAAACGUCUUUUCUGUUUGGCCAAUGAACACCCCACUGCCGACAUGGUUCGAGUUGGUAGCGGUGGAGUCAGACGAAAUAAUGUGCCUUCUCCAAGGCACUUUACCUUUACCACAUGGCACCAGCAUGGUGGACUGUUCCGAAGGCAAACUGAUAUUAUCACGGCUCUGUUGGGAGUCUCUGUUGUGAUGCUCUACUCGGCAUACUUUAUGAAUCUGACUGGCUACCCAGGACAGACUACUACCUACAAGAAAACUCCCGACCAUCAGAAGCAGCCAGGGUCGCUUGCCAAUUCCAACACUAUUGAUGAUUUGAGAAAAGAUUCCAAGUUAAGCAUCUUACCACAAAACAAUACAAGCGCGGACAAUACAGCCAAACCAGUUGUGAUUGCCCACGUUGUGAGCCUUAUCAAGUGUGCCGAAGCAACCUCCGUCACGGGAUUCUUGGAUGCAGCUGCCGUGUUGAGACAUUCCAUUCACAAGACAUCGGUCCAUACCAUAGACCCACAAACUUUCCAACCAGUUUCAAAGUACAGCUAUCAAAUGUAUGCCAUUGUGCACGCGGAAAAUUGUGCCAACCAUGCACGUGGUUUGGCCGGGUUGGGUUACACGACGUUGAUGAGGCACAAUCCCGUCAAUCGCUCGGAUAUCAUCAAUGAAUCCUAUCGCCACUUUGUCCAAUAUGAAAACUGUUGUGGAUUAGACGAGUUCAUCAAGCUGUAUGCUUACACUCUGCUCGAUCAUCCCAUCAGCGUUCACUGGGAUAUGGACGUAUUGGUGAUGCAACCCUUGGACGAACUCUAUGAUAGCAUGCUUUAUGACAAGGACUCACCACAGGGCCAAGCUGCACGCGCCAAUCUACACUUGUCCUAUCCUCUGCAACCUCUGCCCGAUCGAAUCGACGCCUUUUACACCAAAGACGUGACUUCCAGUCAACCAUGGGAGAUGCGACAAGGCGUCCAGGGUGGGUUCCUGGUUGCUCGGCCGAGUCUAGAAAUCUUUCAGAAAUACAAAGACUUUAUCACGGAGGGAGACUACAUCAAAGGUCGGGGUAAUGGAUUUGGAUGGGGAGGUUUAGGGUUUGGUGGAUUCCAAGGAGCCAUGGCCUACCAAGGAGCUACUGCCUACAUGUAUGACAUCAUCUACCCUGGUCACGCCGUUCCAUUGAAUCCAUGCAUCUACAACCAGGUCGUAGCCGAUGUGCUUUGGAGGGGUCCUCAUGCAAUGGAAUUUCACAUGCAAUGUCGACAAUAUCCACAUGAAGGUUAUACUUUUACCAACAACACCAUCGAGUAUAGUGCUUGCCAGGAUUGUCGCAUUACACCGGUGGCGGACACCAAGACAGUUCAUUACACCGCGUGUAAAAAGCCGUGGGAAUGCAUUGACCCAAAGCCACGGCGUCCAAGAGACAAAGCCCACGUGUAUCGAUUGGAAAACUUGACCAAUCGAACCACAUGCCACCUCUUGUUUGCCGAAUGGUUCCGGACGCGCAGAGAAUUUGAACAGCUCCUGGCCAGGGCAGUGGAGCCAGCGACUGCAGAGGGGCAAUUUCUGCCCGAUGCAUUUUUGGGUUAUUGCAAGAAACGAUGGAAAUACAUCCCCAUGGUUCCACCUCCUGAAGGGUUUGAUGUGAACUCGCUGUACGGCAUGUAAGACACCGCCGCAAAGUAACUUGUUCUUCGAAAGUUGGCUUUCUACAUUCUCACAGCAAGCCAACAAGUGCCGACAAUCCGCUAAUGACGCUGGCCAUGACGACUCCUACACCACAUGUUCUUGCGUCGGAGCCCUCACCACCAUCGGCAGUACCAUCACUCUCAGCAUGGCAUGUUCUGAAUUCCGCGUGUGGGAAGGGACAGGCCGAGCUGUUGGAACCAGGCUUCAGAGCAUCAAAAUACCGCACCUCCACGCGUCUGCCACCAUCAGAGGCGAUAAGGUUGACGAGCACGUUGUCAAUGUCGGGAAGAAACUUGCCAAUCUCAGUUGCUUUGACUGUAUCUAUCCGAUAAUCAUAAUCUGGUUUCCACUCAAAAAUUCUCUGAUUCAAGCCUCCUGGUAAAAUAGUCAAAGCCCGGUUUUGAACGUACGAGUCCAUGUAAGUGAGCGGUACGACGUACCCACCCACCUCUCGACUUUUCUCCCCAAAGACGCCGCCCUUUUCUUGAUCGGCCACAUACAAGGCCAAAUUAUUGUUGAUUCGACCCACCCCGUUUACCGAGAAUGUGAGAAAGGCGAACUGAGCGCCCUGCUCUGUCCAGUAUUCAUAGUCAUAAAAGAGAUAAUCGAGAUACUGCAGAUUGCUG